AUGCGUCUUUCCAAUCCCAGCAACAACACUCAAGUACUUUUUUUUCUCUUUCUCUCUCUCUCUCUCUCUCUCACUCUCUCGUUUGGUCUCUGUUACUCUCUUUCUCCCUUUCUCUCUUUCUGUCUGAAUUGUGAAAUUGAUUUUCUUUUCUUCUUGUUCUUUUCUUCUUCUCUACCUCCUUCUCCUCCUCCUCCUUCUUCUUCACCUCCCUCUUCUUCUUCACCUCCCCCUUCUUCUUCACCUCCCCCUUCUUCUUCACCUCCUCCUCCUCCUCUUCCUCCUCCUCCUUCUUCUUCUUCUUCUAUGUGCCACUCUCCAUCUGCAAAGAAAUUCGGGGAGGCCGCAUCCUACAACGACCCGUACCUUGUGUUCGCAGUGAAACUCCUACACCCAACCAGUCCUUUCAUGGAGACCAUUAUCCGGUCGGCGAAAUUGGACGUCUUCAAGUAUGGCACUCUGCCUGUCAACUCAAGCAACUCAUCCUCACUUCCAUCCUCAAACGCCCUAGUCACCGUCUACCACAUUGCGGUUGACUCGAAAACCGGUGAGAAAACACGAACAGCCGUGGACUCCAAGAUCGUCAAUUUGCAAGAAAGCGGCUGGGAGACAUUCGAUAUUGCGACGGCAGUCCAAACCUGGCUCGAGCGGCCAGAUAGCGACGGCAACUUGAAGUUCGAGCUAGCCAGCUCGUUGCGGCCCACGGAACUGUACCAAAUCCUGCACGUAUCCCGGCUCAGGAAACGCUCGUUGCGUGAGCGGGAGCCACGUUUAAGCGUGAAAACAUCGGAACGGUCGAUAUUAGGCAGGGCGAAGCGAGAUGCCCACACGGGUGACUGCGUGAAAGGAGACGGGGAAAAACAGUGCUGUAGGUUUUCAGUUGAAAUUAAUUUUAAAGAAAUUGAUUGGCAGAAUUGGGUAAUAGCGCCCGAGUCGUUCAAGGCCUACUAUUGUCAGGGAGAGUGCGGACACACCCGCAUGGCCAAUGACUGGGCGAUGAUCAAACGAGUAAUACAUCUGAAAGAUCCUGAAAAGAUGCCGGUCGAUGUCUGUUGCACGCCGAAUAAACUAAGUGACUUGUCCUUACUGCAUUACACAGAGGAAGGGCAACUGGAACUGACUGAUAAAAAAGACGUGGUUGUGCAGGACUGUCGGUGUAGAUAA